UAAUUCUGGCUAAUAACAACGAACUCCCAUGUUGGAAAACCAACCGGUUAACCGAUAAAAUAUAUAAACGCGGUCAGUAUUUUACAUUCGCUGCGAGGAAGUCGAACUACAAUCAAAUAUUUUCAUUCUUGACAAACCUGCUUCGACCAUAUUUUUCAAGGAAAAAUGUCCGACACACUUUCUGAUGUUAAAAUCUCCCAGCAGCAUGCAACAAGACCGCCACCAAUUGCAUUGGGAAUUAAUGUGGACAAACCCAAAUUUCCACAGUAUGCUGUCUACUCAAAACGCAUGGAAUCGUUUGAAUUGUGGCCCGAGUACCUACCAGUACAGAAGAAGGAUAUGGUCGAAGCAGGUCUUGUAUAUACAGGAGUGGGUGACAGCGUAAGGUGUUACUUUUGUGGUGGCGGUUUAAGAAACUGGGAGAGUGGUGAUGUGCCCAUGGAGGAACAUGGCAAAUGGUAUCCAAAAUGUCCGCAUAUCUUACUGGUAAAAGGACAAGCAUACAUUGAGAGACUUAUACGUGGAGAAAAGCCAGAAACAGACGGAGACGAUGGAAUAAGCAGUCUAAAGGACUCUGUUGAUUCAGUCAACCACAUAGAGACUGCGGCAGCACAAAGUUGCAUUCAAAUGGGUUACUCCGAAGACAUGGUGGUUAAAGCAAUAACAAUUUUCAUCAACAAACAUGGUAACACUGAUUUCAAAGGUAAAGAUCUGUGCGAAAUUCUUUUUGACAUAGAGGAGAAUCCCGUAGAUCAAGAACUAAGCACUUGUAACGAAAAUACAAUCUCAGAGUCUUUUGGAAACGACAACAAGGCACCAGAUGAAGUUGAGCAAUUAGAACCUUUGGAAACUCUCCGUGAAGAAAACCAUAGAUUAAAAGAAAACCAAAUGUGCAAGAUAUGUUUGGACAGUCGAGCUGAUGUGAUAUUCCUGCCAUGUGGUCACAUGGUCAGUUGUCCACAGUGUGCCCCAGCUCUUAUAAAAUGCCCCAUUUGUAGACAAACUGUCAAUGGACAACUGAAAGCGUUCUUUUCUGUGAUUAACACCAAGGAAUAAUGAUACUAACCUUAAGAGACUUUCAUAAUACAAUAAAGUUAAAAUUAUAGAUACAUCGCGGGAAUUUGCGUUACGAUUAAAAUUGCUACAAUUGUUUAGUAAGGAUAAAUUAACCUUUCUAAGACUGUCUCAGUGUUUGUGCAUAUUCUCAGAAAAAUAGUCUACUUGCAAAAUUAUUUGUCUUGAUGUAGGACUUAUUUCACUUAAUGUCUGCCUGUGCAAGACUGGCUUGUUCCUUUCAGAGGGAUAGCGGAGAAUGAGAAACCGAGCAUUUGCGACAUUUAGUAUCCAGUUAUCAUUCACAGGCUGACAUGUAUGUGAUCGUAAGAUCAUUUUUCAUGCCUAUCCCGUUAAAGGAAAUUCUAAAUUAGCAAAUAAAUUUAGGUAUGUCAUUGCAUUAUGUAUGUAGUUUAUAGUCAUAACAUGUAGUGCUAUAUGACGUCGUUUAAGCGCCACUUGCUUAGGGAAAUACAAUGGUGUCUAUCCCUAGCAUUGAUCGGAAAAGAAUAUGUGUUCAUUACUUACCUACCUGAAAGCUACUAGUCAUAAAUUACUGUGAUAAAUAUUGAUGAUGAAUAUUGUUUUGAGUUCACAAAUUGUAUGCUAAAUGCAGAAUAAAUAGUUUUGUUUUGCA